AGUACAUUCUGCUGCUUAUCCGGGGAUGUCACACCACUGCUAUUUUCUCCCCUCAGUCCCUCUCACUCUCAGCCUACAGCUCCAGCGGACUGACACGGGGCUUUGGAUAGAAAGAAACGAACAAUAAGAUACAAAACAGAGGGCGAAAAUGGCAGAGCUUGGAGCGGGAAGUCUGCCGUUAGGGGAUCCUGCUUUUAAUUACCAGGAGCACGAGCUGAACGAGCGUCUGAAACGGCUUUACCCGGCUGUGAACGAGGAAGAGACCCCUUUACCCCGAUCCUGGAGCCCCAAGGAUAAAUACAGCUACAUUGGGCUGUCACAGAACAACCUGCGGGUCCAUUACAAAGGCCACGGUAAGAACCACAAGGAUGCAGCAUCAGUGAGAGCCACACACCCAAUCCCCGCUGCCUGCGGGAUCUACUACUUUGAAGUGAAGAUAGUCAGCAAAGGUCGCGAUGGGUACAUGGGCAUCGGCCUGUCUGCUCAGGGAGUCAACAUGAACAGACUGCCUGGAUGGGACAAGCACUCAUACGGUUACCAUGGAGAUGACGGCCACUCCUUCUGCUCCUCCGGGACCGGCCAACCGUACGGCCCAACAUUCACAACCGGGGACGUGAUUGGCUGCUGCGUUAACCUCAUCAACAACACUUGCUUUUACACCAAAAAUGGCAUCAGUUUAGGUGUAGCCUUCACAGACCUCCCUCCCAACCUGUACCCCACCGUGGGGCUUCAAACUCCAGGCGAGAUCGUAGACGCUAACUUCGGCCAGCAACCGUUUGUCUUCGACAUCGAGGACUACAUGAGUGAAUGGAGGGCCAAGAUUCACGGCAUGAUAGCUCGCUUCCCAAUAGGAGAGAGGCUGGGGGAGUGGCAGGCCGUCCUGCAGAAUAUGGUUUCCAGCUACCUGGUGCAUCAUGGGUACUGUGCCACCGCAACAGCCUUCGCCAGAGCCACAGAGACCAUGAUACAAGAGGACCAGACAUCUAUAAAGAACAGACAGAGAAUACAGAAGCUGGUGCUGGCAGGACGGGUGGGUGAAGCCAUAGAAGCUACUCAGCAGCUUUAUCCCGGCCUGUUAGACCACAACCCCAACCUACUAUUCAUGUUGAAGUGUCGUCAGUUCGUGGAGAUGGUGAACGGUACAGACAGUGAGGUUUGCUGCUUGACCAUUCGCUCGCCCAAGUCCCAGGACAGUUACCCCGGCUCACCCAGCCUCAGCCCCCGCCACGGAGCCAGCAACACACACCUGCACACUGGAGCAGACAGCCCGACCUGCAGUAACGGGGUGACUCCCACCAACAAGUCAAAGAGCCACAGUGGCGCCGGCAGCGGCAAAUACCCCAGCGUGUCCUCUUCAGCCUCCUCCUCCACCUCCUCCUCCCCUUCCUCCGUCAACUACUCCGAGUCCAACUCCUCUGACUCCACCAAGAGCCAGCCACACAGCGCCAACAGCAACCAGGAAACCAGUGACAGUGAGAUGGAGAUCGAGGCAGAGCACUAUACCAACGGUGUUGUUGAGGGCUCCUCUGCACGGAUCAUGAACGGCACAUACAAGCAUGAAGAGAUCCUCCAGCCGGACGACAACAGCAUCGGCAACGGGGUCACAGAUGACGGCUGUAGUAAUGGCAGACAGCUUUGCGGCGGGAACCAGGCAGCCACAGAGAGGAUGAUCCAGUUUGGGCGGGAGCUGCAGGCGCUCAAUGAACAGCUGUGCCGCGAGUAUGGCAAGAACGCCACACAUAAGAAGAUGUUACAGGAUGCAUUCAGCCUGCUAGCAUACUCAGACCCGUGGAACUGCCCCGUGGGCCAGCAGUUAGACCCUACGCAGAGAGAAUCACUCUGCUCCGCACUCAACAGCGCCAUACUGGAGUCACAGAAUCUGCCUAAGCAGCCUCCGCUGAUGUUAGCGCUCGGCCAGGCCACAGAGUGUGUUCAGCUCAUGGCCCGAGUCCGAUCUGGUUCCUGCUCCUUUGCCAGAGUUGACAACUUUUUGCACUAGCCCAGGUCCAGGUUAAUGUUAAGUAGCACUGAGAGAAGGCAUGUCCAGCAGGUAGUUGUCAUGGCGACGGAGGAAAGCGCAUGCGUGUGAUUGGUGUGUUUGGCUGUCCCGUCAGACCGAGCCAGCGGCACAGACAGAGGAGCGGAGGAGAGCGCGAGAGAAGAAAGCUUCCUUUUAAUUUAGUAUUAUCAAAUAAAGAAAUGUGUGACACUAUUUAAAGAUAAUUAAUUAUUAUUCUGUUUAUCUAGCCAUUUUUAUAGUUUUUUUUGUUUUUUUUGUUUUUUUUUUUGUCAGUUUGAUGUGCUCAUCCCGGACAGAACAAAUCGUAACUCCCCUUUUUUAUUUUUUCUUCUGUUGUAAUGGGUGGAUUUUGAUUCCCUACGAUCAGUAUCUUACUCACAUUGUUGUUGUUGUUCACCAUAUCACCGACCACAAAACCAACCUCUGGUUACCACAGUGACCCUCCCACAGCCAUGGGUAAACUUUACCUAACCUGAGGUUUCUUUACGUCAUCUUUAGUAAGAAAAAGGAGAUUUAUCCUCACAAAACACCCACUGGCAAGUUGGUCUAUGUCUUGAAAUACAUUCAGGAGGGCGAGCAGACCUCAGCAUAUAGAACACCUCUGAUUGUGAGAAGUGGCUCAUUAGCUGUGGUAACGUUUAAUACCAUACAGUAAUGAACAAACGUAAGAAUGUAGUGCCCUGUGUCACAGAUUGAGUUAACAAAUUAGAAGCCAAAGAAUAGGACACAUGCUGAAAGAAAAACCUCACCCAAGUAAAAAAAAAAAAACACAAUUGAAGGGCCCCUGAAGAGACACACACUGCCAGUAACAAGAUAGAGGAGGCGAUGCAUGAGGACUCAAUUGGUUUAUCAGAGGUGUUGGAGCCUUAAUUUUACUGUAGCAACCACGGUAUUGACCAAUCAGUGUUGUGAAGGUGGGAGAGCUCAGCCGCAGCUGACGCUACGACACCCGCUCUUGGGACCCAGCCUAACACUAUUAUCAUGGCCACCCUUGAUGCCAGCAUUGGGCAGACUAACAAGCACAGCGUGUGUCAAGUCACCCUUGGGGAUGUCAUUACUGGGGUCUUUUUUUUAACAUGGUCCACAACCUGUCCUGCCCUGUGCUUGUGCAAAUAAAGUCUCAAAUUAAGAGGUGAAAUCAAGUGCCAGGGAGGAGACUGUUUUUCAUUUGAGGGUGCAUUUUGUGAUAAUUAAAUUACAGUUUUUCCAUUUUGGGCAUUCCCCUUUCAAGUUGUGACAACAAGUUGCAUAUGAUUUGAGAUGACUAUGUGCUGCCCGUAAAUUGGACAAGAGGAAAUCGGUGCAGUGUAUGUGAUAUGCUGUGUUGGGGUUUUUACUUUGAUAUCAUAAUGUUGUUCCAGGACCGUCAUUGCAAGUUGACCAAUCACACUUUAGUGAUGUCAUAGCUUUGCAACUUCUGUUGGUGUUGUUUCUGGAUCAUCACAAUAAAUGAGCUCUGAGAUCUGUCAAGGCCGCAUUUUGCGCAAGCCGUCGUGGCUUCAUGGGUUGUGUACAGGACCCUCCCUCAGGAGACUGGGGUUUGUAUACUGCUUGGAAAAAAUGUAUUAAACUGUUCAAAAUUAUUUUAUUGUAUUAUAAAAUUAUUUUAACACUUACUUUGCCUAUUAUUUUUCCAUUUCUUUUAGUAUUUUUCCUGUUACUGUUUGAAUAGGAUUCGACAACAAAGAUACUCCAUAUUUUUGGCAAGAUAUUUACCUAGGAAGGUUGAAGCAGCAAAACUGCAUAGUUAGGUUUAGGCAACAAAAUGACCUGUUAAGGUUUAGGCAAUAAGACUGUCUGGUAAAGUUUUGGCAACAAAAAUAUCCGGUAUUUUUGGCAACAUAAUGACCCCAGUUAGGUUUAAGCAACUUGUUAGCCAACAAAAAUACCUAAUGGUAUGUACACCGACAAUGUAUAUAACGAUACGUUGUAAAAGACUGAUAUGUCAUAUCAUGUUUGAUGCCACAGGUAAAGAUGCAAUGCAAUGGCAUUGAAGGCAUAACAUUUCAGAUUUUUAAUAAAAGUUGAAUAUGACAAGGCCAGAUCAUUUUACUUGUGAGGAUACAGAGAUAGCACUGGGUGCCUUUGUGGCUUCUGUACAGGAAAGCAAGAGAACGCAGCUGGCACCGGUCUAUCAAUUGCGCAAAACCCUUUCAAAUGUUAUGAAUUAAUACGUGUAUUUUUAUCAGUCAUUUUGACAACACUGAAAUGGUCCCUUCGGAAAACGUGUUACAAAGCUGUGACAUCACAAUAACCUGAUAGGUCAGUGGUGGUCCUUGAGCAACAUUAAUUAUGAUGUUUUAGGAACUAAACAUGCAGCCCCAAACCUCACCUUUGUUUCAGAGUGUUUCUCAGCCUGUACGAUAACUUGCAGUGAUGGAAAGGAAGAGUCUUUAUAUUGUUCAGGUUUGCUGCUGGCUACCAUCAGAUAUACAAAGUAGACCCCUUUUUCCCCCUUUUAUUGAGACAAAUCUGUAGCAACAGAAAUCUGCCAAUUCAAGUAGCCAGCAGUGUGCAAGCAUUGGAUAACGAACAAAAAAAGACAUUAUGACAUGAGUAAAUCGACCUAUUUCCAUCACCAUUGCGUCACCAUUGGAUUUCAAUUACACUUGUUUUGUUCCGUCCCUUUGCUUUAUCUCAAACAGUGUAAUUUUUUUUUGUAUGUACACUUGUUUUCUACCCAGUAGCACUGACUGAAUAUUGUCUGACUCGUGUGAAGCUGUCACUCUGGCUGCUUUGUUGUAACCUGGCUAAUGGCUUGUGGAUCCACCCUGAAGUGUAUAUUUCCAUUUAUAAGAGCAUCUAUGGUAGAGACCUAUGGAAUAAUGUAAUACUGGAGAUGUGUGUAUGCACUGGGGUUUACUACAGGGUAUGUGGUCACAUUUUUUACAGAGCUGGUUUUUAUAAAGACCUUCUGCUAUAAUGGAAACUAUUCUAAUAACACGUACAGUACCUUCUCAAAACAUCUGCUUCUACAGCUUCAAAGGACUUCUGUUACACACACUUCGACAUGAAAGAACAACCUCUGUUGCAUACCUGUAGGGAACGAGUCUCCCAGCUAUCCUUUGUGUUUGAGCCUGGGCUGCGUCUCAGCACUGUUACCACGCACCCUUCCUCUUAUCCCUGCAUAGACAUAGCCACUGAUGUGAUCAGUGAUUGUUUUAAUGAAAGGAGGGAUGUGAACAGUUUUUGGAAACGGGCCUGAGGCCUCUGAAGCCACAUGGACUUCUUUGAGAAGAGGCCAGAGAAAUGGAUUCGGGCGUCGCUGUGCACAAUUGACUUCUAUCAUAAUUUUAAUUUCAUAUUUUGACUUUUGAGUUUUAGCAAAAAACAAAAAAAACAAAAAAAAAAAAACAUGGAAAAAAAAAUUGUGAAUUGAGUUACCCUCUACUUAGCAUGACUUUUAAAACCUUUAAAAUGAUAUAAAAAA